UUAUAAUUUAUUUUUAUUUUAAAAAAACACGUACUGAUUCCUGCGAAUCUUCGCUCCCGUCACCGUGGAAUCUCCCGUUACCGUCGCGAAUGCGCACCAUAUCUGGUUUUCUCUAAGCUUUCUUCAAAGUCCUGAUUCCGCGCUUCUACUCUCUUCCAUAAACAUUUUCUGGUUUGAGUGAAACCCAAAAUCUAAGAGAAAUAAUGGCUCACCAGUUUGCUAGAUUGUUGUUUGAAAGUGGUAUGAAAUCUCAACGUGAAGAUGUGUUGAGUGCAAUUGUUCCUUUGUUGAAGCUAUUAAGUCUGACAAUGAUAGGAUUAGUGCUUUCGCGCUUCGAAAUGAUUCCAAGAGCCACAUUUAAGCUACUUAGCAAGCUUGUAUUUGCCCUGUUCUUGCCCUGCUUGAUUUUUACACAUUUGGGUGAAUCGAUUACACUUGAAAAUUUCAUCCAAUGGUGGUUUAUACCGGUGAAUGUGGUGGUUAGUACCCUUAUUGGGUGUUUUUUAGGAUACUUGGUGGUACUUGUAUGUCGUCCACCACCGGAAUUUAACAGAUUUACAAUAAUUAUGACUGGGUUUGGGAAUACAGGCAACCUUCCUCUUGCAAUUGUGAGUUCAGUUUGUCAUAGUUCGGAUAAUCUGUUUGGGCCGGAUUGUCAUCGGAAAGGGGUAGCUUAUGUCUCUUUUGCACAAUGGGUUGCUGUGAUUUUAGUGUACACCCUUGUUUAUCAUAUGAUGGAGCCUCCUAUGGAGUAUUAUGAGAUUGUCCAAGAAGGUACAGAGAUUCAGGAACAGGAAACUGAUGAUGUCAGUGCACCACUUCUUGUGGAAGCUGAGUGGCCUGGGAUUGAAGACAAAGAAACUGAACAUUCCAAGACCCCUUUUAUAGCAAGGGUUUUUGCUAGCAUCUCGAGUCUAUCGAGUUUGCCUGAUAUUGAUCCCAGAGAUGGAGCAAUCACAAGAGGUGAUACUCCUAUGUCUGUCACAUGUUUUGCUGCUCCUAAUAAAGUUGCUAGAAAAAUCAGAGUUGUUGCUGAGCAGACUCCGAUCCAGCACAUACUACAACCACCCACCAUUGCUUCAUUGUUAGCUAUACUUAUCGGAAUAGUACCUCAUCUGAAAGACUUAAUAUUUGGAGAUGAUGUCCCACUGUCUUUUGUGACUGACAGUCUACAAAUUGUGGCGGGUGCUACUAUCCCAGCUGUGAUGCUUAUUCUUGGAGGUAUGCUUGCUGAAGGGCCAAAUGAGUCUAUGCUUGGACUUCGUACAACAAUUGGUAUCAUAGUGGCACGGUUAUUGGUUCUUCCUUUGGUUGGAAUUGGUGUAAUAUCAUUGGCUGAUAAACUCAACAUAUUAGUUGCAGGUGAUCAAAUGUAUAUGUUUGUGCUUUUCUUGCAAUAUACUACUCCAAGCGCCAUCCUACUAGGGGCAAUUGCUAGCUUGAGGGGCUAUGGCGUUAGAGAGGCUUCAUCACUUCUGUUUUGGCAGCACAUUUUGGCUCUUGCAUCCCUUUCUCUCUAUCUUGUAAUUUACUUUAAACUGAUGUCAUUCAUUUAGGAUUACUAUUUUGUGCCUUUACCUGCCUCAAGAGUUGAUUUUAAGAAUUGCGUGCAAGUGUUUCCAUUGCUCCUGGUACAUGUCUGUUGGUAAACAAGAUACUCCCCCUGGUUCAGACUUCAUACUUCAUAGCUCAUAAUCUUAAUGUAUGUUGAGAAUGUUGUACCAAUGCCACCUUUUCUUUUCUAAUUGUAUGUUCAUUUUCGUGCCU